GCGGCACUCCAGGCUUCAACAGCUCGGCCAUCCCGUCUCGGAUGAAUCUGAACUCCAGCGUCCACGUCUCCUGCAGCUUCCCCUCCAUCCAGCUGCUCGGCCUGGAGAUGCUGCUCCACUACUUCCUGGGACCGGAGGUUACUGCUGCGGCGGCCAAGAACAAACUCACCCUCAGUCUCGCUUUUAAGGGUGAUGAGGUCCUGACAGUCAUCAAAAUGAAAGCACAGUGGCCGGCCUGGCAACCAUUCAAUGUGCGGGCCGCCCCCUCAGCAGAGUUCUCCGUGGACCGGAGCCGUCACCUCAUGUCCUUCCUGACCAUGUUGGGGCCCAGUCCAGACUGGAACGUUGGUCUGUCUGCGGAGGACUUGUGUACCAAGGAGUGUGGCUGGGUCCAAAGGGUGGUGCAGGACAUGAUCCCCUGGGAUGCUGGCACUGACAGCGGGGUGUCAUAUGAGUCUCCCAACAAGCCCAUUGAUUCCAAGGAUAAGAUCCGUCCCUUGACCAGUCUGGAUCACCCACAGAGCCCCUUCUAUGACCCUGAAGGGGGCGCCAUCAUACCUGUGGCCAGGGUCAUAGUGGACCGCAUUGCCAGAAAGGGAGAACAGUGCAACGUUGUGCCAGACAAUGUGGACGACAUUGUAGCAGAUAUUGCCCAGGAGGAGAAAGAGGAAGACGACACUCCAGAGACGUGUAUCUACUCCAACUGGUCUCCAUGGUCCGCCUGCAGCUCGGCCACUUGUGAAAAGGGAAAGCGGAUGAGGCAGAGGAUGCUGAAGGCCCAGUUGGACCUCAGUGUGCCCUGCCCCCACACUCAGGACUUUGAGCCCUGCAUGGGGCCUGGCUGCAGCGAUGAGG